GAAUGUCAGUUGAGGCUCAGCUAGUGUCGAGGAAGGUUCUGUGCGCGCGGCUCCACACACACCCUUCGCCAUGGCUCUGGACACGGGGAUGAAGUGUAUAAAGUAUCUGCUCUUCAUUUUCAACCUGCUCUUCGUGGUGAGCGGGUCGGCGGUGAUCGUGGUCGGCGCUGUCAUCGAGGCCAAGUACGGCUCCUACCUCAACUUCAUGCGCUCGUACCUGUCGGCGCCCACGCUGCUCAUAGGCGUGGGCGUCCUGGUCUUCAGCGUCGGCUUCUUCGGCUGCUGCGGCGCCAUCAAGGAGAAUCACUGCAUGGUGGUCACGUUCUCGGUGCUGCUGGUGGUCAUCUUCGUGGUGCAGGUCGGGGUGGGUGUGACGUCGUACAUCAUGCGCUCCGAGGUUGAGGACUUCCUUCGCUACAACAUGUUCAAGUCCAUGACCACCUACAACAAGACCAACCAGGGCAUGUACCGCACCUGGAACGUCAUUCAGCACGACAACGCCUGCUGCGGCACCGAUGGCUUCAGGGACUGGGAGAACACAGACUUCGGCCGCUCCGUGGACGGCGUGCCCGACGACUGCUGCAAGGAGAGCAUCACGGACUGCGGCAGGGGCGUGUUCGGCGACUCCUAUACCAACCUGGACCUCAUCAACCAGGAAGGCUGUUUUGACAAGCUGAAGGGCGACGUGGAGGAGAACUUCACCAUCCUGGGAGGCGUGGCCAUCGGGAUAGGCUGUGUGCAGCUGGUUGGCGUGGCAUUCGCUUGCUGUCUGGCCAAGUCCUUGAAACGCCAGUGUGAGACGGUGUAAGGGGCAGCCACACCCCACGCAGCCACAUCUCUCACACCUUUACACCCUUGUCUGGCCACCCUAUUACUCCUACUCCUCCUACUCCAUCUCUUCCUGCUGUUCUAAUUUAAUCCUUUUUGCUGUGUGGUGUGGUUGUGGUGUGUCUGUGGUGUGGUGUGGUAUUGGUUAUUCUCGUCCUCCUCCUCCUCCUCCUCCUGCCACAUCUCCUUGAAGAAGCCACAUCACAUCACAAUGAGCUGUAAUGAAAGGGAAUGUGUUAUUUUGUGUCACAUAUCGAUUCCCACUGUGUCACAUCCCACCACCAAACCACUCAUGUACAGAUUAUGUCACAGCACUCUUUACCCACACCACACCACACCACACCCACCUCGCCCCCAGCACCACACCCAUUAACCUCACCCAAUACACUACACCACACCUAUGUCACACCUUCAAACCACAUCACACCCACCAGGAAAAGCACACCACACCCUCACCACACUCACUAACUACACUAACACCAUACCAACACGAGCCACACUACACCACACCUUUGAAAUCACAUCACAGCCACCAGACAUCCCACACCACACCCAUUAACCACACCACAUCACACCCACACCACACCACACUCAUGAACUAUACCAUCCACACCACACCCACCCACACCACAGCCACAAACUAUACCAGCCACACCACACCACACAUCUAGCCACACCCACAGAUCUCAACACCCUGGAAGUCACACUCGGCCCUCAUCUCUGGGUGUAGUGUUUGAGCUCUGGAAGUUUGGUAUAUGUAUAAAGAACAAACAUGAUACUGGUUAUAACAUGAAUACCAAUAUAUAUAGACAUUAAUACUACUUAUAUAUAUAUAUGGUUCGGAAGUGGAGAUUUUGAUUAUGAUAUUAUUUUUUGCCUUUAUUAUCAUUAUUAUUUUUGUGGUGAUUAAUUAUUUUUUUUAUUUUUUUUUACUUCUAGAAUUACUGAUGACAUGUAUUAUCAUUAUUGUAAGUACCAUGUAAUGUUUAAGGUGAAUAACUAUUGUAUGUAUGGAUGGCUGGAUGUGUGUUUGCUUGUGUGUGUGUGUGUGUGUGUGUGUGUGUGUGUGUGUGUGUGUGAAUGAAUGUCAGUAUGUUUGUGUGUAUAUGUGUUUACAAAUUGGAUCUCAGAUGGCAGAUAAAUUUAUAUUAAAAGCAUUUGUGCAUGUGCGUGUGUGCUUGAGUGCGUAUGUGAGUGUGUGUGUACGUGUGUGUGUGUGUGUGUGUGUGUGUGUGUGUGUGUGUGUGUGUGUGUGUGUUACAAGUGCAGUCUCGGAUAAACAAGGAACCUAGCAUUAAGAGCUUCAUAGUUUACUGUACCAGUGAAACACUUAAUGGCAGACUUAGGAACACUGGCACCCUACUGCCUUGCCCCUCCCUAGUGCCAGAGAGGCCAGCGUCAGUGCUGCCACCAAGGGCCGGUAAGGGAGCAGUGCUAUCCACCGCCGCCACCACCACUGCCGUUUCCACUCAGGCCCCCGCAGGCAUAGUAUCAGAAUUCGGUACCAUGUGGGUAGCUCUGGGAUACAACGUGCUAGGACACCUUGAUUAAAUUUAGUCUGUGAGCUGUCUUGCUCUUCUCUUAAGGUAAAAUAGGUUUUAGAAAGGAGGAAAUUCAGUAAAAAAUAGAAAGUUAGUAACUCUUGUGUUAGUAAGCUGGACACAUUAGGAAUGAAAGAGUGAAGAUACUGGUUAGCUCUUAGAUUAGUAAGUUUGACAGCACAGAGAUAAAAGAGUGAAGAUACUGAUUAACUUUUGCAUUAGGAAGUAGGACAGCACAGCAAAGAAAGAGCAAAGACUGGUUUACUCCUGCAUUAGUAAGUUGGACAACACAGAGAUGAGCUUGAGUAAUGUAGAAUUGUUGGGUGGAGAAGGCAGUGGUGGUGGUGUUGGCAUGGUGGAGGUGGAGGUGAUGGUGGUGGUGGUGGUCCCUUACUGUGCAGGUGUUGGCACUGUCGCUGGCACAGCUGCCGGGGGUCAAGGCACUGCUGGCCACGUUGUCAUGCCUCUUCCCUCCACUUCCUGCUGGUAGUUGCUGCUUGACUGUGUUCUAGUAGCCUCCGGCCCUGUUAGCAGUGGCAGCAGCAGCACCAGCACUAAUUGUUUCUAUUCAGGACGGUUGUGACGGACGGUCCACCCUCGGCCACGGCGCCUGGCACUGUGUUGUGUUGCCGGCCAGGCCAGUGUCCCGGUACUAGGCUGUGGUUGCCAACGCAUGCACACCAUUUCAUGCAGUAGUCAUGUCUGGGAAAGAUUUCUGGAAAACUGAACUGAGGCAAAGAUAUUAACUUGUGUCAGAUUGAAAACUGGAAUGAGUCUUUAUUUAGAUUUUCCAUCAGGGUCCCUGUAAUGGAGCCCCAUUGGAUCUACCUAUAUCAGUUGUCAUCAUUUGGGUGAGCAGGUCUCAAACACCAUAGGCCAUUAAAUCAAUAAAAUUCAAUGAAAAAGUCACUCAUGUGAAAAUUAAAUACAAUAAAAAUUUGCUAAUUUACCAAUAUUUUUAUGUAUGUGUUUUCUACACUCGAGAUGACACAUCUUUUCUUUGUUACAUUCCUCUUCCUGUAAGAAUUCAGACUUUCAUUUUUUCAAGGUAUUAUGAUAUUUCUUUGUUGUGUGAGUUUGGACAGUCUGACUGUGGAAUUCACAUAACAGGACUGUUACUGUGGUGCUGCCCAGGAUGGGUUGAGUGUCUCCAGAGGCACAGACACAGAGGGUAAAAUCAUGAAGUGAUCAAAAUUUUGUGCUAUUUGCAACCCUGCAGUAAUUAAUUUGUGCCAAAAGUUCAUUUUCCAGCCAAGCUUUUUUUCCUUAUUUAUGUCCUGACUGUAAUGGUGCUGGGUGCCAGGUGUCAGCGCCAGGAUGUUGCAGUGCCAAAUCACGAGUGUUGCAGGGCCAGUGUGUCUGCCGCAAGCCUGACCCUCUAUGUGGUGACCUGCCUGACUCUCCCCACCCAGCAGGUCAUGGGGUGAAGGGUGCCGCUGCUAGGUGCCUCAGAGAAGGGCUGGGAGGGGGGUGGGGCAGGGGUCACUGCAGAGGCUGGCCGGCAGAGUGGUGAGCCAAGCUUUAAUAUUUAAGGCUGGUCAUUGUAACAAAUUCUCGACGAUGGGCUUGUUUUUAGGGCUUUUUUGGCCAGUGGUACACACCUCACUAAUAAUGCUCAUGAUAAAAAAAAUUGCUUCAAGAAAUUGAGCAGAGGUCUUCAAAUGAACGACAAAGAAUGUAUAUUAUCUUUUAUCUUUGACGAUAUUUCAUUUUCAUAUCUCAGAUUAAUUUUGGGGGGGUAAUUUUUUUCAUUAUGAGGUGAAAGUCCAUCAGUCUGAAUGCCAGAGGACCAACACCUGUUCCAAUUAGCAAUUGUAAUCCUUUUUAUUUGUAUCUGCAUUUUUUAUAAUUUCUCAUAUUUAAGAACUCAAAAUGUUGGGUUUUUCAGGUUAGAAUGUCCUGUUUUCAAUGAUUCUGACUUUGGGAAUUUUUGGAAUAUUGGAUUUGGACUAAUGGACUAAUUGGGCUGUUGUGUACCCUUCGCCAGACACCCUAUAGCUGGAGGUGCGAGUGAGUGAGGGGAAGCGUUUGGCCAAGUGAGACGUGGCUUCCUUGCCCUCUGGUGGACGAUGAGGCAUUCUUGUUUACAAAUGUAUAAAGCUUUCGUAUUGGCAGAGUAUGUAGCAGUAUUUUGAUAUAGCCCCACUGGACGGACGAAUGGAUGCGUUGAUGGGUUGACGGGUGGUGUGUGAGGUGUCGGGUCAGGCUGGGGUGGUGUGAGCGUGUGUGUGAGUGUGUUGAUGUGCCAAAAGUACGUAUGCAGAGGAGGUGUCAAUCUCAUUUUCUUAAGGUGCUCAGAAGGGCAGAGAAAGCUUGCUACUUAGACCCAUCCCCUCCUUCUCCUGUGUUUGUGUGUUGUGUAUGUUUUAUUAAGACCCACCACCUCUUCCUUCUUAUUCUUCCCUUGUGUUUGUGUGUUUCUCCUUGUGCUGGUUGUUUGUUUGUGUUUGUAAAGGAAUUUUUUGUGUUGGAAAGUCAGUGAAGAAGGAUUGACUAUGUAGAACAAUCCCAUGCUCUGUCUCCUUUUCCCUCGUGUAUGUGUGUUGUUUAUGUGUUUCUUCAUGUAUUGAUUGAUUGCUUGUGUUGAAAGGGAACUGUUUAUGUUAGAAGGUCAAAGAAGGAGGACUGGCUGGCUAUCUUGACCAACCACAUCCUCCUUUCCUUUCUGCUCUGUGUGUUUAUCUUCAGUUGAGGAUUUAUAUGUGUUUUAGAAGGAACUCAUUGUGUUGUAAAGGUGUUUCUGUGGCCACGGCUUGUCCCCGAGUUGUGUCAGUGGCUGGAGUGGCCUGGAACGUGUUGUGUUGUAUUGCAUUUAUCAGUUUUAAGAAAGAGUUUUGACGGAGUUGUAAUCUCAUCUCAGGCACUCGAAAGCUGACACUCUAACGUGACUGCCACCUCUUGUGUGUACCUCCAGGUGUGUGUGUGUGUUCAUGUGUGUGUGUGUGUGUGUGUGUAUGUGCCGUCAAAGUCGCAUAAAGCCAACCAAACACUCACCGCGGGAUCGUUUCAAUAACUCGCUUCACACAAUGUUUAUAUAUUUGUAAAUAUUCCCCAAACUUGGCUCCCUUGUGAGUUACCUCUGAGGGGGGCGCUGACGUGCCCCCCCCCACCCUGCUCCCCAAAAUCGCCAGCUGUCUUCCUUCAUCUGUGAGGCCUCCCUUCCCUCCCCGGCCCCUGCCCCAUGUCCUACCUCAUCUCUCCUCCCCAUCCCUCAGCCCAGACAUGCGGCACCAUACCCUGUCACCUUGUCAGCCCCUGCCCCCCUCCAACUCCUCCCCCCCCUCCCCCCAAGCCCCCCACUUUGAAUUGGAUUGUGGAGUAGAGUGUCAGGUUAUUCAAUAUUCUUUGCUUCUCUUUUUAUUGUAUUGUGACUUUGUGUUGGGAGUGUACUUCCAUGUAAUGUCUGAGCCUGCCUGGGUGAAGGCGGCUGACCCAUUUUCCUGUACAGCUUCUCCAUUGUUUGUCUUUGUGUUGUGUGUUUUGUUGUACUAAAACACUGUUGUCUGGAGGCAGUCAAUGUCAAUAUGCUAAUCACAGACACAUGAUUAUUUGUUUUGUGUUAAAAACAGUGUAUUGUACAAAGCAGAAGGAAUAUUAUGUGUGUGUGUGUGUGUGUGUGUGUGUGUGUGUGUGUGUGUGUGUGUUCAUAGCAGGGGCUGCCAUGUCAUUCCUCACAGUCCCCUCCUGGGGCCCACAUCCUGCUUCCCCCGGUGGAGUGCAACCCCCAGUCCGUAGCUGGUGCUGGUGCCCUGCCCGGCCCACAGGCUGGGGCCAGAGGGGCGCCGUGGCUUGUCUCUGACCCUUGCAGUGUCCUGGUGGCUGUGCCUUCAGCCAGCGGCCGCCUGUCAUCCUGAGUCUGUCAUCACCACACUCUUUGCUUUGUGCCGCAGGAGGGAGCAGCUGCCUGCCCGUGCUGGUGGCAGUGCCUUGCUGUGCUCCACCCUGUGCUGCCUCCCACCACCCCUGGCCAGGCAGCAGCCAGGGUGCCAGGGGUGCCAGGGCAGGGCAGCACAGGAGGGCAGGGAGGCCCUGCUGGCAGCCUGGCAAGGGAGGUGACACAGCUUGUUGAUGUUUGCUGCCGCUUGUAUCACUGCCGCACCGCGCUGCUCACGCCGCCACCUGGAGGCCCUGCCACUGGCACACCCCUGACUCCUCCCCCAUCCUGCCCUGACCCUCCCACACCUCACAGCAGGUGCCACACCCAUCACGGCCCGGCUGAGCCACGGCGCCCUGCCCACCGUGGGGCCAGCCUGGCCGCCACCACUGUCUGGAUGAAGGAAAACAGUAGUAUUUUUAACCUUUGCACAAAUGCACCUGUAAGAUCUAUCUUGCACCUGCAGCGGCGGCAGUGGGCAGUGGCACGCCCAGCGUUGGCACCCCAGGGCAACCCCUGCCGCCCGCUGCUGCCGCUGCGUUAUAAACAUUUGGAUAUUUAUACUUAAAAAAUGUCAUGAAAAAUCUAUACUAGAAAGGUGUGAAAAUAAUAAAACUAUUUCAAGA